AUGACUUUGCUUUGCAGCGAGGCCAGCCCGAGCGAGGACCCCAACGGCGUCACCGGCGAGGUCUGGCGCCACUGCAACCUGCGCAUGUCGUACAUGAAGCAGGAACCUGACCACCUGAAAGCGUUGGGGCCGUUCUUCAGCACCUCCCCGUUCGUGUACAUCACCGACCGGUUCAAGAACGGUUACGAUGGGGACCUGCAGAAGAGGCUUAUGGAGCCCGAAGACGAAGAGGAGGCGGGAAGGCGAGCCCUACUCGCAAAGGAGCACGGCAAGUACGGCAACCAAGUCGCCGAGCUGGUGAGCAGGACGAAGAUGGGCUCCACACUGGCGUACGAGGUGCGAUGGGAGGGGCUGGACGACCCGAAGCAGAACACCGUGGAGUCCAUCACCAAGCUCAAGGCUAUGGGGUUGGACAAGGUGGUCAUCGCAUGCGACGAGCGCAUCGCCGCCAAGGCGGCCGGUCUCGACCAGCGGCCGCUGACGAGGCGCGAGGUGGUUAGGCACGUGGAGGCGUUCGGCAUCGACGAGGACCGGGAUGUGCUGCAACCGGCAGAUCAACGGCUUCUCCGCGGGCCAGAAGGUGCGGCUGUCGCUGGCCUCUAUGUUCUGGACGAAGCCGCACCUAAUCGCGGUCGACGAGCCGACCAAUUAUCUCGACGUGGAGACCGUCGAGGCGCUCGCCAAGGCGCUCACGACGUUCCGCGGAGGUAUUUUGAUGAUCGAGCCCAAGACUGA